CGUUUUUUAUGCAUACAUCGCACAUUGAAAUCGCAUUCCAUGAGCGUCUUCUUCCUCCGUACAGAAUACAGUCAUCCCGUUUUGAAAACGUAGCUCGCACUUCCAGUAACAGAGAUCAAAACCCUUCAGAAUUUCACUAGUUCGCGUUAGAUAAAGAAGGAAAAACCCACGAAAUUUCACGCUCUUUCAUUUCACCCAAUUGAAUCGAUUUUAUCCAUAUUUCAGGCCGAUCGAUUCCACUUUCAGGCUGUUUGUGUUCUUGAACGGCGACACCAUCAACGACGGAGAACUUUUAACGAUUUCUACUUGUCGAUAUUUGAAUCGAGAAUCUGAGCUUUAAAAUUUUGUUCAAUGCUCAUUAAAUAUCAUGACAAACAGCUAAACCUUUUUAGGGUUCCAUCAUUCGGUUUAGUUAAUGGGCGUUUGUUCUUAAGCAAUCGGCUGCUGCAAUGCCUGAAAAGGAGGUGUUCAAAUCCAGGUUCCUCAAAUCCCUAUUCUUCAUCACACUUUUCUUCUUGAUCCUCUCAUUAUUCCUCCUCUUUAGAUUCAGCAACACAUCUUGGAUCAAUACACCAUCUUACAACCUAAUUCUUCUCGACAACACUGAAAACACCGACCCAAUUCAACUUAAAUCAAUCCCUUUUCCACCUUCACCAGAUUCAUGUAACCCAAAUCAAGCACUACUAAAAGUUUUUAUGUAUGAUUUACCUCCCGAAUUCCACUUUGGACUACUAGGUUGGAAAGGAAAAUCAAACCAAAUUUGGCCUAAUGUGAGUAAUUUUAGUGAAAUCCCAUCAUACCCAGGUGGAUUAAACUUGCAACAUAGUGUAGAAUAUUGGCUAACACUUGAUCUUUUAUCAUCAUCAUCAACAACUCCAAACAUACAUAGACCUUGCACUGCAAUUCUUGUACAAAAUUCAACCCUAGCAGAUAUAAUUUUCGUCCCAUUUUUUUCAUCUUUGAGUUACAAUCGACAUGCAAGGGUUUAUGUAAAGGGGAAAAAAGACAUGAACAUGAUUUUGCAAGAGAAAUUGGUGAAAUUUUUAAAAGGUAGAGACGAAUGGAAACGAUUUGGAGGGAAAGAUCAUCUUGUUAUAGCUCAUCAUCCUAAUAGUAUGCUUUUAGCAAGAAAACACUUGAGUUCUUCAAUGGUGUUGCUUUCUGAUUUUGGAAGAUACCCUGUUCAGAUUGCUAAUAUUGAUAAAGAUUUAAUUGCUCCUUAUAAACAUGUUGUUAAAAGCAUCAAUGCUAGCAAUUCACUUGACUUUGAAGAGCGAACUACUUUGGUUUAUUUUCGUGGAGCAAUUUAUAGAAAAGAUGGUGGAGUGAUUCGUCAAGAACUAUACUACAUAAUGAAGGAUGAAAAAGACGUUUAUUUCUCUUUUGGAAGUGCACAACAAGGUGGGAUACGUACAUCAUCUGUAGGAAUGGCAACUUCUAAAUUUUGUCUGAAUAUUGCUGGGGACACACCUUCAUCAAAUCGUUUAUUUGAUGCAAUUGCUACUCAUUGUGUCCCUGUUAUAAUCAGUGAUGAAAUUGAAUUACCAUAUGAAGAUGUUCUUGACUACUCAAAAUUCUCCAUUUUUGUUCAUUCUUCGGAUGCAUGUAAAAAAGGUUACCUUUUGAACCUUCUUAAGGGUAUCAAGAAACAAAAAUGGAGACAAAUGUGGGAAAGAUUGAAGCAAAUUGCACCACAUUUUGAAUAUCAGUAUCCUUCGAGACAUGGUGAUGCUGUUGAUAUGAUUUGGCAAUCGGUUUCCCGAAAGGUGUCUUUUGUAAAUAAUCAAACUUAUAGAAAAAAUAGAUACCGAAUGUCACAAGAAUUCUUGAAAUCACGUUAAUAGUAUAAUCGUAAUAUAUGUGCUUUAUAAUGUUUGCUUCUA